AACCAUUUCUUUUCUCACUUCCACUUGUUUUCUUUAAUUCAAAGCUACUAAUUAAGCCUAAGCUCCCUUAAAAAAAAGAAAAAAGAAAAAAAAAAGGGAGGCAGUAGAGAAAUUCUCUUUUUACUUCUUCUCUUAUUUAAUUAUCCACAUUAUUUUUUUUUUUUCAAAAAGAAAAUAGAAAGAGACAUAAAAAUGGGAAGAAUUCCAUGUUGUGAGAAGGAUAAUGUAAAAAGAGGGCAAUGGACACCUGAAGAAGACAACAAACUCUCUUCCUACAUAGCCCAACAUGGCACCCGCAACUGGCGGCUCAUUCCCAAGAAUGCUGGUCUCCAAAGAUGCGGGAAAAGUUGCAGGCUGCGAUGGACUAAUUAUCUUCGUCCCGACCUCAAACAUGGCCAGUUCUCCGAUGCCGAAGAACACACCAUUGUCAAGCUUCACUCUGUUUUUGGCAACAGAUGGUCAUUAAUAGCUAAUCAACUUCCUGGCCGCACUGAUAAUGACGUUAAGAAUCAUUGGAACACUAAACUGAAAAAGAAGCUUUCAGGUAUGGGGAUCGAUCCUGUCACCCACAAACCCUUCUCUCAUCUCAUGGCUGAGAUUGCCACCACGCUAGCACCGCCGCAGGUGACUCACCUUGCGGAAGCAGCUCUCGGCUGCUUUAAGGAUGAAAUGUUGCAUCUUCUCACUAAAAAGCGUAUCGACUUCCAGCUGCAACAGCCAAACCCUAACACUAGUGCAGGAGCACAAGGGAACACAUCAUCACCUUACAUUGUUAGUAAAAAUGAUGAGAACGAUGAAACCAUUGAGAAAAUUAAACUUAGUUUAUCCAGAGCUAUGCAAGAACCUGGAAUGCUACCUCCAAACAAACCUUGGGAAUUUAACGUCGCUAACUCUGCAAAUUUUGCUGGAGAAUGCAGCAGUUUCCCUGCAUCAGUCACUGGAUUUCAAUGUGGCUCGUCUUCUUUUGGCGAAGGGGCUGUGUCGCCAUGGAGCCAGAGUAUGUGCACUGGAAGUACAUGUACAGCAGGUGAUCAACAAGGCCGGCUGCAUGAAAAACUAGAGGAUGAAAAUGGAGAGGAAUCUGAAGGUGGAAAAGAGAUUAGGAAUGGCUCGAGCAUAUUUAAUACAGAAUGCGUUUUAUGGGAUUUACCAUCUGAUGAUUUGAUGAAUCCUAUAGUUUAAGUUUACAUGACGUCAAAGGCAAAGACAAAGCACCCUACUUAAGAGUAAUAAUAAACUCUCUCAUGCUGGACAAAUGAAGCAAAUGUAAAUAAAACUCAAUUUCUUAUACAAUAUCUAUCAAGAAUUACACUAAUUCCUGCUAA